AUGCGAUGUUUGAUUAUUCACACACCCUUUUGGUUGUUUUUUGUAUUGGUGUCCAAUUUCGAGCUCUGUUUUACUCAAGAUUACAUCAUUGGCGACUCUCAGCCUGCUGCAGCGGCAGCGGCGGCACCACCGGAGCAAAAUGAAUGUAAUGGGAUUUUCUUAACAUACACUUUCCUUUCAAGGGAAAGAGAAUUUCCCUAUGUGAAGAAUGUUUCAGCUCAGGCUUGGGCGUUCAGAGCUCAGGCCACGGUGGUGAACGCCGGCCCGACGGAGCUCGACAAUUGGAAAAUGUAUAUUGGGUUUCAACAUAGAGAGAUUUUAGUGUCGGCGGCUGGCGCCGUGUUGGUCGACGGUUCGGAUUUCCCGGCCGCCGUCGGGAAAGGGGCGACCUUAGCUGGGUACACACAAACGGACUUGAAAACGUCGAUAGAAACCGCCGGAGAUUAUAACCAAAUUCAGGCGACGAUUGAUAUCACCGGAACGCAAUUCGGCGUAAAGAAGAACGGAAUUCCGAUGCCGAAGACGAUUCGCCUUGAAAAUGAAGGCUUUAAGUGUCCGCAGCCUCGUCGUCAUCGCAACAAAAGCUAUAUGCACGUUUGCUGCAAGAAAGACCCCAAAUUCAAGCAAAAACCACCAAAGAAGACCAAGUUUUUACCGAGACAAAACGGCGAUCUCUCGCUCACCUACGACGUCCUCCAAGCUUAUGGCAACAACUAUCUUGCACAAGUCACCAUUGACAACAACAACCCUCUCGGCCGCCUCGACCAUUGGAACUUAACUUGGGAAUGGAAGAGAGGAGAAUUCAUUUCCACUAUGAGAGGAGCUUACACUCACAAAAUUGACUACUCUGACUGUAUCUUUGGCCCUCAAGGCCAAUACUAUCAAGAUUUUGACUUCUCCCAAGUCAUGAAUUGUGAGAAAAAUCCCAUUAUCGCUGACCUUCCCUCCAAUCGAGCCAACGAUUCCAAGGUCGGGAAGUUGCCCUUCUGCUGCAAAAAUGGCACGAUCUUACCGCCAUUGAUGGAUCAAAGCAAAGCAAGGUCUAUUUUUCAGCUCCAAGUCUAUAAGCUUCCCCCUGACUUCAAUAGAACUGCCUUAUACCCUCCUCAGAAAUGGAAGAUCAAUGGCAUUCUUAACCCCAGUUACAAAUGUGGAGCUCCUAUUAGAGUUGAACCAACACAAUUUCCUGACUCGACUGGACUUCAAGCCAUAACCACAGCCAUUGCUAGUUGGCAAGUGGUUUGCAACAUUACAACUCCCAAACCAAAACAAUCAAGAUGUUGUGUUUCAUUCUCUGCUUAUUAUAAUGACUCUGUUAUCCCUUGCAAUACUUGUGCUUGUGGAUGUGAUGAAACUCAAACUUGCAACCCAAAUUCUUCCCCAUUGCUUCUUCCACCAGAGGCUCUUUUAGUUCCAUUUGACAAUAGAACUGUAAAAGCAAAAGCUUGGGCCAAAAUCAAACACUUACCAAUCCCAAAGAAGCUUCCUUGUCCUGAUAAUUGUGGGGUUAGUUUAAAUUGGCAUAUUAACUCAGAUUAUAUCAGUGGUUGGACUGCUAGAAUUACUCUUUUCAAUUGGGAAGAAUACCCUUUUGAGGAUUGGUUUGCUGCUGUUCAAUUGGAUAAAGCUGCUAAAGGCUAUGAGAAUGUCUACUCUUUCAAUGGGACUAAACUCCCACCAGAUAUGAUCAAGAACACCAUCUUGUUCCAAGGAUUGGAAGGUUUGAAUUACCUGAUGGGGGAGACGAAUGGGACGGACCCGAGUUAUGAUCCACGAGUACCGGGAAAGCAACAAUCUGUAAUCUCUUUCACUAAGAAGAAUUUGAGGAACCUCAAUAUAAAGGAAGGAGAUGGGUUCCCUUCAAAGGUUUAUUUUAAUGGAGAAGAGUGUGCACUUCCUCCUCAUAUUCCUUUAGGAAAUGGUGCUGCUCAUGGCCUCCAUGUCAACUCUGAACCUGUAAUGCUGCUGCUCACAAUUAUGGCCUUUUUCAUUCUCUUCAAUGAUGGCUUUCAUUGA